UGCGAAGUCCUUGAACAGUUCGCUGAGUCAUGAUAAAAUAGACGUCAGUUGUCGGACUGAGUCAGUCGAGUUCGGUUAUAGUGAACGAAUGUGCUGCUAUGUUAAAGAGUUUUAUUAAUUUCCGUGUUGCCAAAGUUAUACAAGCGUCCAGGAUGGCGAGCGUGCACAGCGCGUGGAAGAGCGAGGUGCACGAGGUGCCCAUGUCGGUGAUCACGCGGCCCUUCGUCCCCGAGCUGGAGCCUGGCAAGGUGGAGUCACUCAUGGAGACUAUACAGAACGAGGAGAAAGCCGGCACGGUCCCGCCCAUAGACAUCCUGUGGAUCCAGGGCUCGGCCGGCGGCGACUACUAUUACAGCUUUGGCGGCUGCCACCGGUUCGCGGCGUACCAGCGCCUGCGCCGCCCCACCAUCCCCGCCAAGAUCAUACGGUCCACGGUGUCUGAUUUGAGGACGUAUUUGGGGAGUAGCACGCCCGAUUUGAAGUGAGUUUGUGGGAUGAGGUUAUUUGACUAAUGUUUUUACUAUUCGGUAUUAUCUAUGUAGGUACUUUGUAUUUAAAUAGGUAUUUGUAAGAUAGCUACGUAUUAUAAUUGAAUUUGUAAGUAUAAGAUACUUUAGCUAGGUUCUAUUCCUAAAUAAGAAAACUAUAAAUACUUUAGGUAUAAUUAGAUACUUACGUAAGUACUUUGAUAAUUUUAAUGUGUACCUAUUAGGUACUAUAAUCAUGACUUUAUCUAUAAUAUCGGUGCCUAUGUACGUAAACCUUCUUCAGAAUUUAGUUGUAUGAUAUUUAAAAACUGUAAAUAAAAUAAUUUAAAAAGAUUGCGUAUGUAAAUAAAACGACAGCAUAAUCUCCAACUGUGUAUUUAUUUGGAGGCGUAUCUUAUGACUACAAAACAAUGAGAUAUGCCAUUUCUCCAAUAAUUGUAUUUACAAACAUUAACAUAAAUAAUAUCAAAAUACAGAUUUAGGUACCCAUCAUCCGAUGCGUACACCAGACUCUUUCCGAAAAAUACUAUGUAUUAGUAAGCUGUGUAGUGCUGCAGUGGACUACUAUACCUUGUUUCACGGGGAAAGACAUCUGACAGGACCCUUAUUUACAUUCGAAUAAGGGAAGUUUUUGCUUGUAUCAGCUGUCUUUCCUCGUGGAAAAAGGUAUAGCGCACGGUACUUCCCAUUUGUUCUAUGAUACUAGUCGAUUGGUUGGUCAGUGGGCCGAUCACCAGUGUUGUCGACUUACGUCGAAACGAAUUCGAUAGGAUAGUCACUGGAAUUAGUAUGCUUUUUAUUAGUUUCUAACGUUACCGACAGGGGCGCUUAUCAAGACGUCAUACAAAUCGCUAUUGAAUUGGGCUAGCGACUAGAGUCGACGGCACUCGUGAAAGACCUAACACUACAAACAGCGAGCCUAGGUCGCGUCCGGCAUUGCGCUGUUAGCGAUAUCACGGUCACUAUAAUAAGCAGCCUAAAGAGGCGUUUGGUGUAGAGAUGUAGACCGCCACCUAACGUCACUUCAAAAACGUUUCGAGUUAAAUUUUACCGUCCAAUAGGAACAUACAACAAAUGGGAACUGUUCCUACAUAAUGAUGCCGAUAACGGGUUACUCGUUUGAAAAAUAUCAAGUCAAGCAAAGCCCUGAGCGCUAUGAUUGGCUGAUUAAAUUCUGCUUAAAAUGAUUUUCUCAAAUCUGAAACCGGGUUUAAAUGCGUUGUUUGUAAGUAUACAUUUACAAAAAACAUACUAUUGUUAUAAUAAUUUUGUGUGCGUUUUAACUUAAUGCCCGUAUACAAUGGCUGAUAUAAUUUGUUAAAACAUAAAAUGAUAAAAUACAUACACAUCGCUGCUACAUAACUUCAAGUAAGCGUAACACAUGUAUAAAGUUAAGCUUCAGAAGAGCAAAAGAGAUCGCGAUAUUGGAAUUUCUUUAUGCCUGCUCUGACUAGGCGGAAAUCCCAAUAUUUGUAUUAUGUGUUGGCACCGAUCAAAACCAGCGAGCACAAGUCAUGGUAUUCUCACGAGUCCGAAUAAUACUAUACCCUUAAACCUACAGAUGAUGCAUCUUUCAUAUAAUUAGGUUACAAUGGCAACAAUAACGCAGAAGUCGACUGUACAAGUUAAAAUUAUAUGGAAAAACUCGUAGAAGUAUGCUUAUCCUGUCUACACACUCGAACUCGACUUGUGCAUUUUUAUUGCCAAUCAUGGUAAACCCCGCUUAAUUUUAUUCUAGUGCAUUCUGAAAUAUGAAAAAUAAACAUAAUUUUUCAGUGGUUUAGUAUUAUUUAGCUUCGUGAGAUCCCAUUACAUUAUUCUACAUUCGUUCCACUUCACAUACCUAUCUACCUUCCUUAAAAUUCAAUCCAACAACACAACUCAUACAUGUUGCUUGUACAUUUCCCUUCAAAUUUGAAAUCAAAUACAAAAAAUAUAUAUUUAUUAUGUCACAACAACCAUAAUUUAUGUUCUAGAUAGGUAUAUGUAAUUUUUUCAAUUUUAUUUUUAUGUACAUUUUUAUGUUAUACAUAUUCAAACCCUGUCACCACGGACAAGUUUUUACUAUAGAUAUAUUUAAAUAUAAUUAACUCUUUCUGCUAAGUCACAACUUGGGGUAAAGCGGUGGUAUUUACUUAUUACAUCAAGGUGGGCUUAUAUCGACCCUACAAUAAAAUAAGUCAUAAUUUUUCCAUAUUAUAUUCCGAUAGGUCACCCAAUGUCUCUACUGAUAAAAACAUGACACUUUCGUAUUGCAUAGUAAUUUCAUUACACCUCUUUUGUAAAUGCCAUUACAUAGGCAAAUCAGCCAAGAUCGCCAAAAUAGGUACUAUUUCCCUAUGUAUAUCUAACUAUGACCAUCUCAAUACAUGGCAUGGACAUGCAAAAUAUUUUGUAGUCUACAUGUAACUUUAAUAGGUCUAUAUUAAGGACUAUUCAGACAAAUUCCAUAUUCGUUUUACCGUUUAUGUAGAGAAAAAUACCGACAAUAUAUUCUAAUAGCAGGUUGAGAACCAAAUACAGUAAAGGUCAAUUUCAGGUUGCAAGUAUCAAUGGAUCUGCUGUUGGCUGAAAGACAUAAGCUGACCACUUAUUAUGUGCACCAUAAAAUAAUUU